AUGGAAGGUGAAGGUAAUGUAUUUGAUCAUAUUAAUAAAUUUAAUGAGUUGGUAUCUAGAAUCAUGAAUGAAGGGGAAGAUAUCAAAGAUGAAGAGCAAGCACUAAUUUUGUUGGCUUUACUACCUAAAUCUUACAAAUCAUUAGUGCAGUCAAUGUUAGCAGGGAAGAGCACACUACAAUUAAAUGAAGUAGUGAAAUCAUUGAAGAAGAGUCAACAAAUGAUGGGUAUUGAUCAAAGUCCCAAAGAAAAUCAGGUGCUAGUAGCCAAAGGAGGACACAAAAAGAAUUAUGGUGAUCAAUAUGGUAGAAGUUUUCAACCAAGAGAUAUGAGUUAUGUCAAGUGUCAUUACUAUCAACAAUUUGGUCACGUGUAA